GCUCCAGCCGCCGCUCUGCCCGCAGCAACCAGCCCGGUCUCCGGCAGCAUGUUCAGCUGGGUGAGCAAGGAUGCCCGCCGCAAGAAGGAGCCGGAGCUCUUCCAGACGGUGGCCGAAGGGCUGCGGCAGCUGUACUCGCAGAAGCUGCUGCCCCUGGAGGAGCACUACCGCUUCCACGAGUUCCACUCGCCGGCUCUGGAGGACGCCGACUUCGACAACAAGCCCAUGGUGCUGCUCGUGGGCCAGUACAGCACGGGCAAGACCACCUUCAUCCGGCACUUGAUCGAGCAGGACUUCCCGGGGAUGCGCAUCGGGCCCGAGCCCACCACGGACUCCUUCAUCGCCGUCAUGCACGGUCCCACCGAGGGCGUGGUGCCGGGCAACGCGCUCGUCGUGGACCCGCGGCGCCCCUUCCGCAAGCUCAAUGCCUUCGGCAACGCCUUCCUCAACAGGUUCAUGUGCGCCCAGCUGCCCAACCCGGUCUUGGAUAGCAUAAGCAUCAUCGACACUCCUGGGAUCCUGUCUGGAGAGAAACAGCGCAUCAGCAGAGGGUACGACUUCGCGGCUGUCCUCGAGUGGUUCGCUGAGCGGGUUGACCGCAUCAUCCUGCUCUUUGACGCCCACAAGCUGGACAUCUCCGACGAGUUCUCAGAAGUCAUCAAGGCCCUCAAGAACCACGAGGACAAGAUCCGCGUGGUGCUGAACAAGGCCGACCAGAUCGAGACCCAGCAGCUGAUGCGGGUGUACGGGGCCCUCAUGUGGUCGCUGGGGAAGAUCAUCAAUACUCCCGAGGUGGUCAGGGUCUACAUCGGCUCCUUCUGGUCUCACCCACUCCUCAUCCCCGACAACCGCAAGCUCUUCGAGGCCGAGGAGCAGGAUCUCUUCAAAGACAUCCAGUCUCUGCCCCGGAACGCUGCCCUCAGGAAGCUCAAUGACCUGAUCAAGAGGGCGAGGCUGGCCAAGGUUCACGCCUACAUCAUCAGCUCCCUCAAGAAGGAGAUGCCCAAUGUCUUCGGUAAAGAGAGCAAAAAGAAAGAGCUGGUGAGCAACCUGGGAGAGAUCUACUUGAAGAUUGAGCGCGAGCAUCAGAUCUCUCCCGGCGACUUCCCCAACCUCCGCAAGAUGCAGGAACUCCUGCAGACUCAGGACUUUAGCAAGUUCCAGGUUCUGAAGCCCAAGCUGCUGGACACAGUGGAUGACAUGCUGGCCAACGACAUCGCCCGGCUCAUGGUGAUGGUGCGCCAGGAGGAGUCCCUGAUGCCCUCCCAGGCCGUGAAGGGUGGCGCCUUUGACGGCACCAUGAACGGGCCUUUCGGGCACGGCUAUGGCGAGGGGGCCGGUGAAGGCAUAGAUGACAUCGAGUGGGUGGUAGGCAAGGACAAGCCCACCUAUGACGAGAUCUUCUACACUCUGUCGCCCGUCAAUGGCAAGAUCACAGGCGCCAAUGCCAAGAAGGAGAUGGUGAAGUCCAAGCUGCCCAAUACGGUGCUGGGGAAGAUCUGGAAGCUGGCUGAUGUGGACAAGGACGGGCUGCUGGAUGAUGAGGAGUUUGCCCUGGCCAACCACCUCAUCAAAGUCAAGCUGGAGGGCCACGAGCUGCCCUCUGACCUCCCCCCGCACCUGAUCCCACCCUCCAAGCGGAGGCUCGAGUGACCACCCAGCCCCAUGCGUCCAGCCCUCUCAGAGCCUGGCCAGGCAGACUGGGGGGAGGGAAGGCUCACCAGUUCUCAAGGUCCAUAAAGACUGAGUGGCUGUUUCCUCAGCUCUUGAAAAGGAAAACCACCAUCUUUCUUUUAAAGGCUGUUUCUUGGCCCAGCAAGGGAGGUAGGGGUAAUACUUGGAUGUGAAUGAUGGAAUUUUAUGCACAAGAACUAUGGAUAUUUUUAAUAUAUAACAUUAGAGGCGGCCUUC